CUUUUUCCUCUUUUCUCUUCUCUCCCCUUCAGUUGAAUCCUCCCUCCCUUCCCUUCCCUCAUUCCCGAACCCCGCAGAGGCGCAGAGCAUAGCAGAUCUUCCAAUCGGGGUUUCUUGGGUUCAUUUUUAUCACAUCGUAUCUCAGCACAGCAGAUCCGGCUCCUUCCUCUUUACCGUUCCUUGCUUUCGUUCUCAGCACAGCACUGAAGACAGCAGAUCUUCCCUGCGGCGUGAUCCGCCAUUUCUCUUCGGAUAAUCUAUAGUUACUGGUUACAAGAUGUCUUCAGCUCAAGAUCCAUUUUAUAUAGUGAAAGAGGAAAUUCAAGAAUCUAUUGAUAAGCUGCUGUCUACUUUUCAUCAAUGGGAACGGGCUUCUUCUGAUCCUGAAGACAAAAUGCAGCUGACAAAGGAACUAGUUGCAGGUUGUGAUAGCAUUGAGUGGCAGGUGGAUGAGCUAGACAAAACAAUUGCCGUAGCAGCUAGAGAUCCUUCUUGGUAUGGGAUUGACGAAGUAGAACUUGAAAAGCGAAAGAGAUGGACUAGCACUGCUCGUGUUCAGGUGGGCAAUGUGAAGAAAGCAAUUAUUGCUGGAAAAGAGGUGAUUAGUAAUGGAACUACCAGCAUAAAUGGGAUGCACAGAGAGUUAAUGCGGCUGCAAAAUUCUCGUCAGACAGAUAGAUCCAACCCAUAUGCUCAAGAUAAUGAUAAUUUCAUACAAUCAGAAUCAGAUAGACAAAUGCUUCUUAUAAAGCAACAGGAUGAGGAGUUGGAUGAGCUUAGUGCAAGUGUGGAGCGAAUUGGAGGUGUUGGGCUCACUAUACAUGAAGAACUUCUUGCACAGGAAAAGAUUAUAGGUGAUUUGGGUAUGGAAAUGGAUAGUACAUCAAAUCGUCUCGAUUUUGUCCAGAAAAAAGUGGCUAUGGUCAUGAAGAAAGCCAGUGCAAAGGGGCAGAUCAUGAUGAUUUUGUUUUUGAUAGUUUUGUUCAUCAUUCUAUUUGUUCUGGUCUUUCUUACUUGAACUAUAAAAAUAACCGGCCAGUCCACAGCCGGGGUUGUACUCUACACGAGAGAAAAUCUGCAAUGAUGAGAGGAUUACAGAAGAACUUUGUUGGAAUCGAAGCCAAGAAAUACUAAACUGGAAUUUGAUUUUGUUGCAGUUGUAAAUCAUGAAUAUCAUGCAAGAUUGGUUCAUAUGCUUAUUAUCUGGUUGUUUCUUCUUCGCA